AUGACUACUCUGAGACUUGCUGUGUCGGAAGCUGUGGUUCCGGAUUCGGAGACUUGCAGUGAACAAGUGAAGAUUGAACCUAAGAGGCGUGGUGGGGGGAGGAAGAGGAAGAAUGUGCAACAAACGUGUGAGAAAGAUAAUGUUGUGGGAGAGAGUGGCAAUGAUAGUGAGAUGGCAAAAGGGUCCAAUUCGGGCCAUGAAGAGGCAGCCACUGACUGUAAUGUUGGAGUGGGUGGCGAUAAGGUUGAAAGUGGUAGUAGUAGGAGCUGUUUUGGUGUUAGUGGUGCUAACAAUGUUGAUAAAAAGGGGAAUGGUUCUGGUGUUAAACAAGGUUUGGGAAAGAUUUGGCAGGAGCCAGAUUUGGAGAAGAUGACUUUGGAUGAUUGGUUUGAUUAUGUGCAAGUUUCUUUGCCGAAAGGGGUUAACGAUGAGAUUGACAAGAUUUGUGCCGGAAUGAGACAGAAGGCUAAGCUAGUCCAGGAGUAUAUAGCACAACACAAGAAGGAGAAGUGUCACAGUUAA